GGGCAGCGAGGCUAGAUGAUCGUUGCUUGUAGGUAGCAACGAAUAGAGGCAGUUGUUGUGGAUUGGAAUUGCAAUGAUUGGAAUGGUGAAAGGAAAAGGUUCAAGAGGUUGGGCAGAGGCAGAGAUAUAUCUAAAGCCGGGCAGUGCAGAGGGAAGGGAGAAGAGAAGUGUGUGUGAGUGAGUGUGUGUAGGAGUCGGAGGAGGAAUAAGUCAUCAAUGGGCAAUGGGUGGACGAGUGUGUGUGUGUGUGGUGUAUGGGGAAAAGAAGCUGGGGGAGGGCCGUGGGAACAGAAGGGCAGAGAGGGUAGAGAGGGCAGAGGGCAGAGGGCAGGGCGCCUGAGGACGACGCGUACGUACCUGGUAGCAGUCAACCAACACCCAUUCACUCCAGUACUAUACUAUGGUGUAUACUGUACACUCUUGACCACACACACACACACACACACUUCCUCACUUAAUAACAACACUAUGCCCAUUGAUGCUAGAUUCCGGCCAUACAUACCUGCCGCCUGCACACCUGUCAUCCUACCUAACAUCUCCCUCGAAGCAAAAAAGAACAGCCAGAGAAAUCGCAAGGUGGCAGCGUAUAGGCAGGCAGAGGGCAGGCAGAAACGGGCGCUAGGCAGAAACACGCCCCGGACAAUCCUCCUACAUCACACUGGACUGAAGUGCACUAUACAUAAGAGGGCCCUAUACACACACACGUACGUCUCCGCUACUUUCAGACGAAUGUCUUUCCCUACAGCGCUACGCUCGACAAGCGGAGGAGCCAAGAAACGUAGAUGUGCAUGUGUCUGUCUGUGAGCGGCGUCCAUUUGCGUGUGUGGUGGGCGUGUGUGUGUUUCGGGUGUGGUUGAACGGGGCAGGUAUCAGUCUUGCCCAUGUGCACCGGAAAUCCGUAACAGCUAGGCCUCUCAAUUCUAGCCUUCCCUUCCCGAUCGGCCUACAGCCUACAGCGAAAUGCGCCCCUACAACAUCUACCGACG